CCACGAAGCCUAGCCAGGCGGUUUUAAACUGCUCUUCCAUCAUGAGACUUUUGAACAUCAAUACCUUUGAACUCCACAAGUUCGACAAAGAAAUUCCACCGUACGCAAUUCUAUCCCAUACGUGGGGCAACGAAGAAGUCACAUUCGGCAUGCAAGCACAACCAGCUCUAAAGAACACUAGCAGAAACAGGCUUCAAGUUCUCAAAGUAAAGGGGUUCUGCAAUCUUGCCCACGAUGCAGGCUAUGAAUGGGGAUGGAUAGACACAUGCUGCAUCGACAAGUCUUCGCCGGCCGAGGAGUCCAAAGCCAUCAAAAGUGGUACAGCCGGGGAUCUGGAGGACUGCCGCUGGUUUACGCGAGGGUGGGCUCUACAGGGGAUGAUCGCCCCCAAGGUGGUAAAAUUCUAUAAUAAGGAUUGGGAAUACCUGGGCUCCAAAUCCGAUGACCAUAUGCAAGACCGCCUAAAUCGGAUCACGGGCGUUGACAAGCGCGCCCUGCGCGGCGGCCACCUGUGCUUAUUUAGCGCAGCGAGGAAGAUGUCAUGGGCAUCAAAACGCAAUACUAAGUUAGACGAGGACAUAGCGUACUGCCUGCUGGGCAUCUUCGACAUCUCGAUGCCCAUGCUGUACGGGGAGGGGAACAAGGCGUUCAUCCGGUUACAAGAAGAAAUCGUCAAGCAGUAUGACGACGAGUCACUCUUCGCGUGGAAGACUAACUAA